AUGCCCGUUGCGAUAUGGAUGGAGAAUUCUAUACAAAGUCUUGGAGAGCGACGAAAAAGAGAAAAACCCGAUAUGCAGACCAGAGAGACAGCAGAAGGUCGUGUAGUACAUAGAAGCUACGAGGAGGCGAAAAGCGCCCAAGUGAGAAACUGGAGAGAGUUCUAUAGUAAGCAGGGUAUGUGGGAUAGUAUCUACAGGAUAAAAAGGAUGGAAAAGAAAAAAAGAGGACAUGCCAUUCAUGGCGGCAGCCACCUUACAGAAGAGUCGGCCAAACUAUUAGCGCAGACACUCUUUCCGGACGACACUACUGGAGGGAAGAAUGACGACUAUAGAUCUACCGGGUUGCCAAAGAGUUUGGCAGGGGAGGUAGUGGUCAUGUCUGUUUACUCAAUACAAAUUUUAUUUUGUUAA